UACGACCUCCGCGAACAGAUUAUGGCCGACGUGCAGGCUCACGAGGCGCUCACUAGCGACGAGGAGCACUCGGUCCUCGAAGAUGAUUCGGACGAUGGCCAGGGCGAGCAUGACUACAUCGACGACGACGACGGCUCCUCCGAGCUCUCUAUACCCAACGAGUCCAUCGACUUUGACCUCGUCUAUGCGCUGCACAGUUUCGCGGCGACCGUGGAGGGCCAGGCGAAUGUUGUCAAGGGCGAUAGUCUAUUCCUCAUGGACGAUAGCAACAGCUACUGGUGGCUGGUGCGCGUCCUCAAAACCCAGGAAGUGGGAUAUAUACCCGCGGAGAACAUUGAAACACCGUUUGAGCGCUUGGCGCGGCUGAACAAGCACCGGAACGUAGACCUGGCGUCCGCGACCCAAGCGGAAUUGCAAGAAGAGGUCCAGGGCGAGCGCGAUCGGCUCCGCACCAACCUGAAUGCGCGCAUAGCAGCCUCGCCUUCCCCCACACCCGGCUCACGCUCAGGCUCUAAGAACACUCAACACCGCCGAAGCGUGGUCUUCACCCCUGGCCUCUACGUCCACCGAUACCCUCCUGCUGUCUGGAACGAGGAUGAGGAAGAGGAUGACGACGUCGAGUGGGAUGACGAGGGCUAUGAAGAUGAGGAUCCGGACCUCGCUGAAGAACAGAGGUCCGUCCGCGGUCAAAACAACGUUCUCGAUAACAUGGAACCCGACGACGGGAUGAGUUGGGAGGACGGCGCAGUCGAUGCCAUGCGCCAGAAUAAUAUUCCCGUUUCGCUCAGGGCGGGCGGCGGUACUCAGCCGUUACAGCAGCGUGCUAGGCAGCCGCUGGACGAUCAAUCCAUCCAGUCCCAGCCCUCCGUCGACCGCUUUCCAGAAGCGGGUAUGGAUCCCGAGCAAGCGCCCGAGUCCACCAGGCAGUUGUCUGUCACACCCACCAUCGCACGAGAGGGCGUUAUGGAAAGCCAGCAGGCGGCGGCACAGGCGUCUAUAUCUGCUACCGCCGACCGAUCCGGUACCAGCUCCGCCUCACAGGCUGGCGGCCCGCUGCUACCCAGCAUGAUUAUGCAGCAACAAGAGCAAGAUCGGAAGCGAACCCGAGAGGAGAUUGAAGCGCUCGAGGAGGCGGCGCGGAAGAAGGCAAAUGUUGCAAAGGGCCCUGGCCCCGGUGCGGGCCCAGUGCGGGUCGCUACGGAUGCACGUGGCGUUGCCCCUAGUGCUAGCUCCAGUGGCGAUAGCCUUGGACAACCUAGUGCGAACAACAAACCCUCUGGGGGCAAACUGAGGAAGGAGAGGGACCGCGAAACCCAGAGCACGGACGAGGAGGGCGGCAAGGAGAAGAAGAAGAAGGGCGGUGUCCUCAGCGGUCUCUUUGGCCGUCGCAACAAGGAGAAGGACAAGUCGAAGGACAGGGAUGCGAGCAGCGAAACUGUGCGUGAAUCGGAGGAGUCAGGUCGCUCGAGCGGACAGCUGCAACCACAGUCAUCGAACAUGUCCAUACCUGACGGAUUGCGCUCACCCGUGUCGGAGGCCGCGCACUUGCAACAGCAGAACUUCCGGAACUCGACAAAUCCCCGGCAGUUGCAAGCAAUGCAACAGCAGCAGACACCCCAGACGCCGCCGCACGGCCAGGCAUUGUCCAACCAGGUUAGCCCGCUCUCGCAACACGCAAGCACUCUCAGACAGCGCGAUCAGCAACAGCAGGCGCUGUAUCAGCAGUAUCUGAACCGCUCCCCGGCAAGUCCACCAGAGGCUCAGCCGAGCUACGGGUUGCAAAGCGCUGCGGCAAUGGGCCACUCCACUUCUUUCAGCUCGUCAAUGGCGAACACAUCAGCCAACCUUAGCCCGAACUCCGAGGGGCGUAGGCCGCGACCGGGCUCGCUCGUGCUUACGAGCUCGAACAUGGAUGGCGGCGUCGGCGUGCCGGAGCUCAGCGUGAUUAGGGUGUUUGCGGGCAAGAACGUGCAGACAGAGGCGACGUUUAAGACGGUUUUGCUCAACUCGUCCACGACAUCGUCGGAUCUUGUCCGGCAAGCCAUACAGAGGUUCCGCUUACCUGCGGGAGAGGACGAGGGAGACUAUUACCUGACGGUGAAGCAGGUCGAGGGUUCCUCGGCGGUGCUCAAGUCGGAAGAGCAUCCAUUAGUCGUGUUCGAGACUCUGGUGGAGGAGGCAAUGGAGGCUCCUAAAGUUAAGAGGAGUAGUGUCGGCAGUAUUAGCUCCGUUGCGAGCAACCUCUCUAUGCACCCAGCCAUCAAGAAAUUGCCGAUGAACGACUUCACGGACGACUCGGCGGUCAAGUUCUACUUGAACCGUCGGAGCGAGCGCGCACUCGACGACAGCUUUGGCACCGACGAAGGGGACGAAACCAUCAUCGCGGAAAGCUCUCGAGGUGAAGAUACAGGCCAGUUCCUCACUGUUGGAAGUGCGAAUGUGUCGGCGGAGCGGUUCAGCUCGCCGUCGUUCAGAUUUGCAUUGCAACUCUACAUAUACCCAGAGGAUCUACCAGACGACAUGGUAUUCGACCCUCUUACCGAAGCGAUCAUCUUCAAGAAUACGCUUCGCAACCGGGCACAGAACCACGAAUCCCGAACCGCAUCAGGCGUGUCCCAGAGUCAACGGAGAAAGAUCUUCGUGUUCCCGAAGAAUGUCACUGUAGCCGAAGUCAUCGAGCUUGGACUUGAACGCUUCGGGAUCCUCGAAGGUGUGGUCGAUGGUGGGGAUGAGGUAGAGGACAAGAUGACCAAGAGGAGGAGCUCUUCUCGCGUGCGUUAUAGCCUUCAUGUCGAUGUCAAUGGUCAAGAACGUGAACUUUCUCCCUCGACAAAGGUCAUCGAUGCGUAUCCCCGUCCACCGGCCUAUCGCCCAACCGAACGACGCGCCCCAGACAGCAAAAGGCGUUCGGUCGACUUCGCGCAACUAGUUGGAAGUCCGGAGGACAUAUCCCCAGACGACCCUAUCUUCAUCCUCCGUCGCGCGGUGGCGUACCGCAAUUCUUCCUCGAGACACCGUACCUCAGCUCCAUUAGACGAGAUCGCCCUCCAGCAUCUGCAACGAGACUUAGUCGCAAGCUCCAGCGACAGCUCUGUUGCCGAGGAAGCGAGAAGUCGCCAAAUGUCGAAGCAAGAACUCAUCGCUGCACAGCGCGCAGCAAAGAGAGCAGAUCAGCGUGCGAUACUGUCCGCUCAGACGAAUUCCCUUCGUGGAGUCGACGUCUUGCUGCCCGGCAAUGCCAUAUUACGCAGUUCCCGCUACGAAGUGGAUGAUCGGAUACGCUACUCGUAUGUGGAUGGCGACGGUGAGACGUACGAUAUCAGUGACAUCAUCGAGGAGGAGUGGCAGGACGAAUUCGGACAACGAAGCCCGACAACCGGCACAACGAGUCAAGACCUCCUGCAAGGGGUUCUCGUUCGUAACAAGGAGGCUAUUGGGGACAAGCUGGACAGGGUGCUGAACAAAGUGAAGGAGGGUAGGCGAGACCCUGAACCGUCUUCGGCGAAGUCCGCUGUCAGUCUUGCCUCGAUGCAAUCAUCCGCCUCAUCCGCGUACUCCGAUGACUCGCGCGCGAUCACCCCGGUAUCGGCUCGACUCGGCGCUCGUUCGCCCACACCGACCGACAGUCAACGCAUUGUCUCGCCUGGGCCUGACCUAUCAAGCUCUCGGGUGCCAACUCCUACACAGCGGGUGAGAGCUGCGAGUCCAAGCACGCCUCGCGCGGUCACCCCAGCAAGCAAGGUGGCCUCGAGAGAUCAUGAUCGUCAGCCGUCGAUCGCUUCUGUUCUCUCCGACAUAUCCGCGUACGGCGCCCAAACUGCCCGACAAGAGCAGCAAAGCAAGCUGCAGCCUGUGCCUUCAGCCUUGAAACGCUCACGACCAAUCAUUCCGAAGGACGACUUCGGUCUGUCCCACAUGAUGGCCAUCAUCGAACUCGACACUAUGUUACACAAGGAGCCACCUCUACCUCAGCUGGAUGGUACUGAGGCCAUGCUGUUCGGACGUUCGCUGCAACCCGAUGCACUGCAUCCUGAUGUUCGAGAGAUAUACUCGCCGGCAUUCCGACAGUUGGAAGAAAUGGACCAUGCCCUGAAUGAACUUCUUUCAACGGCGUGUUCUCCUGCUUAAUCGACAGCUCUGCGGCGUCAUCGCCAGCUUCAUUCAGGUUACGCGGGUUCGUAUCUAUACUAUUUUCUAUAUUCCGCUAUAGCUCUUCAAGAGCGGUAGUCGUAGCUCAACGAUUACCCGUGUUCGGCAGCCCCUAAUACCCAUAUAUUCUUAUAUAACAAGCCUUGGAACAUGGAUUAGGUCAGGUUGA